CAUCUUCUCCGGCAAUGGCGAUCCGCUCGGUUUUCGAUGCUGGAGCUCUGAAAGCGGAGCUCGAGAGCGCCUCCAUCAGCCCAAGCUUCAUCCCGACCAUCUGGAAGUAUGUGAUUCAGAACCCGGAAUGCGAUCUCGAUGACAUCCCGUCGCUGCCGUCCAAAGCGUAUCCCAUUCUCCGAUCCAAGUUCAGGGCCAUGACCACCACCGUCACGUCGACCUCUGAUUCCAAGGAUCGGGUCACUACCAAGCUCCUCAUCCGGCUUCAGAAUGGCUCUUCUGUUGAAGCUGUGAUUAUGAGGUAUGAUACACGACUAGGUAAAUAUGAUGGCAAGCCUCGUCUUGGCGGUCCAAGAUCAACUUUGUGUGUCUCAUCCCAGGUUGGUUGCAAGAUGGGAUGCAAAUUCUGUGCAACUGGGACUAUGGGUUUCAAAAGCAAUCUUUCAUCUGGUGAAAUUGUUGAACAGCUGGUCCAUGCAAACCGCAUUUCACACAUACGAAAUGUUGUAUUCAUGGGAAUGGGGGAGCCAUUAAAUAACUACACAGCUUUAGUGGAAGCAAUUCAGGCUAUGUUAGGAUUUCCAUUUCAGCUAUCAGCCAAAAGAAUUACAGUUUCAACUGUUGGGAUCAUCCAUGCCAUCAACAAGCUCCAUGAUGACCUCCCAAAUGUGAACCUUGCGGUUUCAUUGCAUGCACCCGAUCAGGACGUCCGAUGUCAAAUUAUGCCAGCAGCACGAGCAUUUCCCCUUGCUAGGCUAAUAGAUGCAAUGCGAGCCUAUCAGAAUAAGAGUGGACAGAAGAUCUUUAUUGAGUAUAUCAUGCUUGAUGGAGUGAAUGAUCAGGACCAGCAUGCUCACCAGCUUGGCAAGUUACUGGAAAAGCUCAAAUCGGUAGUCAAUUUGAUACCAUUUAACCCAAUCGGCACUACAAGUGGUUUUAAGACUAGCAGUGAACAGAAUGUCAAGAGUUUCCAGAGGAUUCUGAGAGGUGUCUACAAUGUUCGAACAACAGUAAGACAAGAGAUGGGUCAGGAUAUAAGUGGUGCUUGUGGCCAGCUGGUUGUGAACCUUUCAGAACAGAGAUCAGCAGGUGGUGCAAGUCUUUUGACUGACAUUGAAGAUCUCCAUAUUUGAUCUUGCUUUAUUGAGCCUUAAGCUAAAUCAGAAGACUUUUCUCUGUCUUCAUACAUAGAAGCAAUAGCAUCUUUGGUCAUAGUGGUGUAUGCAAGGUUUCAGGCUAUCUUUUUGUAUGCUAAACUGUAUAGAAUCCUCACACUCUCUUAAGAAACAGAGUGCAAAUUUUGGUUCUGGAGAUUAGCCUUAAUAUGAACUCGUGUAUUCUGCAUUAGGCGCCUCGACCGUGAACUCUAAAAAGGUUUUGAACAGGGCUGAUGUCGAUGUACUGGUUGAAUUUUGCACUGAGAUCUUUGUCCAAAUGGACUGUGUUGCAGUAACACCAUAGGUCCAAAAUAGAAGUAAGGUUUUAAUUUUUUUA